AUGCAUGGUUUCGUAAUAAAAAAGAACCUCCUUUUCUACGUUAUUCUCAUUUUUCCUAUAUAAGUAGCUUCUCUAAACUGAAUGCAUCCUUCUUUCUCCAUCGUUUCCAAGCCCUGAUCUCAACCUCCCACCAGAGACAAAUUAAAGCGACAUGAGAUAAAUACACACAUACAGCAGCCUAAACGAACCGUUUUGAAGCUAACUCAUCGCUAGCUGCGCUAGUUGGAAAAAAAAAAUGGGCAGUGUUCGAAAACUGAUCGUGGAGGUAGUGGACGCUCACAACCUCGUCCCUAAGGACGGCCACGGAACCUCCAGCCCCUACGUGGUGGUCGACUUCCACGGCCAGCGGAGGAAGACGCGGACCGCGGUCCGUGACUUGAACCCGGUCUGGAAAGAAACGCUGUCGUUUAAUGUAGACAAUGUUAACUCCCAGUCGUCUCAAAUCUUCGGCGACACGCUCGAGCUCGACGUUUACCACGACAAGUCCUACGGCUCCACCCGCAGACACAACUCCCUCGGCCGAAUCCGCCUCAGCUCCGCCCAGUUCGUCAACAAAGGCGAGGAGGCUUUGGUGUACUACGUCCUGGAGAAGAAGUACCUUCUCAGCAUGAUCCAAGGUGAAAUCGGUUUGAAAAUCUACUACGUCGACGAGGACAAGGUUCUUAAAAUAGAGGAAGCACCGCCGCCCCCACCACCACCGCAGAAGGAAGCAGAGACUACUGAACCGGAGAAAGUGGAAGAAACACCGCCACCACAACCACCAGAAGGUGAGAAACCUAAAGAAGAAGAAAUGAAGGAAAAAGAGAAAGAAAACGCUGAACCUCCUCUUCCUCCAGCUCCUGCUGCUGCAACUGAAAAACCACCACCUGAAGCUGAACAGGAUUAUCAACCGUUGGAUCCGUUGUUAGAUGUGAAGGCAGCGUCUGUGUCGAGGUCGAAUUCGGAAAUAAGAUUCAACGGAACCAAUAACGGUCCUGCACCUCCUCAACCAAUGAGAAGGUCUGCAUCAACGGCGAGUUUUGCAGCAUCAGAGGCGUCGAGUGAAACUAGCAGCAUGAUGACGAUGAUGGAACGGUCGUCGUUUGAUCUUGUGGAGAAGAUGCACUACCUCUUCGUCCACGUCGUCAAAGCCCGCUACUUACCCACCAACGGAAACCCCGUCGUCAAAAUCGCCGUUUCGGGGCAGCACCACGUCACGUCCAUGCCCGCGCGCAAGUCCACCGUGUUAUUCGAAUGGAAUCAGACCUUCGCAUUCGCACGCGACGCACCUGAUUCCUCCUCCGUGCUGGAGGUCUCUGCGUGGGACCCCCAAGCUUCCGAGGCUCUGCUCGGUGGUGUGUGCUUUGACGUCAACGAGAUUCCCGUGCGGGACCCACCGGACAGCCCUCUGGCCCCACAGUGGUACAGAUUGGAAGGCGGAGGGGCCCUCCACGGCGACCUCAUGAUCGCCACGUGGAUGGGAACGCAAGCCGACGAAUCAUUUCCCGACGCGUGGAAGAGUGACACGUUUGCUCAUGUGAACUCCAGAGCCAAAGUUUACCAGUCACCGAAACUGUGGUACCUGAGAGCCACUCUUCUCGAAGCUCAAGACGUUUUUCUUCUGCCAUUAACCUCAUCCAAGGAAUCGUGUUUUCAAGUAAAGGCCAAACUCGGAUUCCAGGUGCUGAAAUCCAAAACGGUGGUUACUCGUAACGGCACCGUUUCAUGGAACAACGAAGACUUCAUUUUUGUGGUGGCAGAGCCCGUGAGCGACCACCUCAUGUUCACUUUAGAAAACCGACAACCUGACGCGCCGGUGACAAUUGGAGUCCUCAGAAUACCUUUACUCGCUAUUGAGAGAAGGGUCGAUGACCGGAGCGUGGCGUCGCGGUGGUUCACCUUCGAUAACGAGAGCGACGACAAAGCAAGCAGCAGGCCCAGGGUGCACCUGCGGUUAUGCUUCGACGGCGGGUAUCACGUGAUGGACGAGGCGGCUCACGUUUGCAGCGACUACCGCCCCACGGCAAGGCAGCUCUGGAAGCCACCGGUUGGCACGGUCGAGCUCGGCAUCAUUGGCUGCAAGAACCUGCUACCGAUGAAGACGGUGAACGGUAAGAGCUCCAUGGACGCGUACUGCGUGGCCAAGUACGGUAGCAAGUGGGUUCGCACGAGAACCGUUUCGGAUAACAUGGAACCCAAGUGGAAUGAACAGUACACGUGGAAGGUUUACGAUCCUUCCACCGUUCUCACCAUCGGAGUAUUCGACAGCUCCCUCCUCGACAUGGAUAAUGACAAAAAUACCCUCAUAGGAAAAGUACGCGUGCGUAUCUCCACGCUGCAUACAGGGAGAGUGUAUAAAAACACUUACCCGUUGUUGGUGCUGAGUCCGGUUUCGGGGCUGAAGAAAAUGGGGGAGAUUGAGAUAGCGAUAAGGUUCGUUCGGACGACUCAACGGCUAGAUUUCCUCCACGUGUACUCGCAGCCGAUGCUGCCGUUGAUGCACCAUGUCAAGCCGCUGGGGGUGGUGCAGCAGGAGGCGCUGCGGAACACCACGGUGAGGAUGGUGGCGGGACACCUGUCCAGGGCAGAACCGCCGCUGAGGAAGGAGGUGGUGUUCUACAUGCUGGACGCGGACUCACACAACUUCAGCAUGAGGAAAGUGCGCGCCAACUGGUAUAGGAUCAUAAACGUCAUCGCGGCCGUGGUAGAUAUUGUACGGUGGAUAGAGCACACGCGGGGAUGGAGGAAUCCAACCGCAACCAUAUUGGUGCACGCGCUGUUAGUGAUGUUGGUGUGGUUCCCUGAUUUAAUCAUUCCCACGUUCUGUUUCUACGUUUUUGCUGUAGGUGCGUGGAACUACAGGUUUAGGGCGCGUGACCCACUUCCGCAUUUCGACCCCAAGAUAUCUUUGGCAGAGGUUGUGGAUAGGGAGGAGCUUGAUGAGGAGUUUGACACUGUGCCCAGUAACAAAGCGAGUGAGGUGGUGCGAGUGCGGUAUGACAGGUUGAGGGCGCUGGGGGCGCGCGUGCAGACGGUGCUGGGGGAUUUGGCGACGCAAGGGGAGCGCGUCCAGGCGCUGGUGACGUGGCGGGACCCACGCGCCACGGGAAUAUUUGUGUUCUUGUGCUUGACUGUGGCGUUCAUGCUGUAUCUUGUGCCUUCAAAGAUGGUGGCGAUGGCUUUCGGGUUUUACUAUCUCAGGCACCCUAUCUUCCGUGAUCGCCUGCCCUCGCCGGCGCUGAACUUCUUCAGAAGGUUGCCUUCAUUGUCUGAUCGAAUCAUGUAGUUUUUUUUUAUGAUGUGGUAAAAGCAACGAGGGUCAAGUUGAAAUGCAUAUAUAUAUAUAUAUAUAUAUAGAGAGAGAGAGAGAGAGAGAGAGAGAUAGAUAAGAAACAUGAUUUUUCGAUUUUUAGUAUUAAUUAUUGAAUGAAAUGCUGAGGUUUUGAUUUUU